AGCAGGUGGGACAGGAGACCUCGUUGGCGUCCUGUGCUGCGUCCCGUGAGGAGCCAUGACGGAGUAUAAGCUGGUGGUGGUGGGCGCUGGAGGCGUGGGCAAGAGCGCCCUGACCAUCCAGCUCAUCCAGAACCACUUCGUGGAUGAGUACGACCCCACCAUCGAGGACUCCUAUCGGAAGCAAGUGGUCAUCGACGGGGAGACGUGCCUGCUGGACAUCCUGGACACAGCGGGCCAGGAGGAGUACAGCGCCAUGCGGGACCAGUACAUGCGCACGGGGGAGGGCUUUCUCUGUGUAUUUGCCAUCAACAACACCAAGUCCUUUGAGGACAUCCACCAGUACAGGGAGCAGAUCAAGCGAGUGAAGGACUCUGACGACGUGCCCAUGGUGCUGGUGGGGAACAAGUGUGACCUGGCUGCUCGCACCGUGGAGUCCCGGCAGGCGCAGGACCUCGCCCGCAGCUACGGCAUCCCCUACAUCGAGACGUCAGCCAAGACGCGCCAGGGCAGCCGGUCUGGCUCUGGCUCCAGCUCCGGGACCCUCUGGGACCCUCCGGGACCCCCGUGACCCAGCGGCCCCUAGCGCUGGCGUGGAGGAUGCCUUCUACACGCUGGUGCGAGAGAUUCGACAGCACAAGGUGCGCAAGCUGAGCCCGCCCGACGAGGGAGGCCCAGGCUGCAUGAGCUGCAAGUGCCUGCUGUCCUGACGUCCCCUCCAGGGCCACGUUGGCAGCCCCGCUGGUCCUCUGUGCCCCAGGCGCACAGGCUCGGGGCGAGGAGGUGCCGGAAGCUGGGAGGAGGCGCGGAAGGAGGAAGGAGGAGGGCGAGGAAGGAAGGAAGCGCCCCCGGGGCCCGGCCAGCCCAGGCCCCCUGGACAGGGGGAGCACGGACCUCCCAGGGCGCUUUGCACAGACUGUCGUGAACUGAGGCCACGGGCCCCCCCGGCUGUCACUCUCCCCCAGUCCCGUCCUUGCCCGCGGGGCAAAGGCUGAGUCGCAGUAAAUUAUUUGAUGGUCUUGA